AUGGCAAUCGGAUUGUACGGGUAUGGUGUCCAAUACUGCCCGGGCUUCAUAAUGAACGAAUCCGAGCUUUUCUUCGACGCCGAACGAUCGAACCUUCCGAGGCCGAAGAAAAAUUAUUGCCUUCACGUAGAUGGGAUGGCACUGAUGGAGCAGUAUGGCCUCAAGCUUAUUCGCGAUUGGAAUAUGCCGAUGAAGAUUGAUACUGUGUGGGUUGGAGACCGUAGAUGUAUGCUCGCUUGGCUCCUGCCCCGCAAUUAUGGGACCACCCUUUACCUCGAUGCCGACUUCCAGGCGCGCCUUGCGGAAUUCAAGCAGGUAGCUCGAAUUCCGGGCCCGCCAAAUGAGCAACCGAAAUGGCUGGCUCUUCGUUCCGGUGACAUACCCCAUACCUUCGUUCGUGGCAAGCGCUGGGCAAACGAGGAGUUUCAGAGUCAGAGUAUCCAGGAUACGCCAAUGUAUCAGAACUCGUGUUCAAGCUGUGACAAGUCUGAGCCGUUCAUAUACGAGAUGGACGGUAGUGAUUCAGAAGACGAAGACGAAGACGAGGAUGAAAAUGAAGAAGAGGAUGCGGACACGGACUUAUGUGGCGCGAAAGUCAAGUCUCUAACGCUCUAA